UCAUACAUUAAAAAACUGGUAUUAGUAGAAGGUGACAAUGAAAAAAUUAGCCAGAAAGACAUGUUCGGCUAUUUGACAAUUUUAAAGCAAACGAUUAAAAAAUAAUGAGUUCAAAUAAAACUCCCAGAUUUUACCUUCUCAUUCUUUUCCUCUUCGCUUUGUCUUAAAAUUAUUAAAGAAAAAUAUGAAAACACGAAAAUUAAAUGGUAAUAACUAAUUUAAAGUUUUUACUACUAUGCAGCUAAAGUCUGUUAUUCUCCAGGCCCUUCUUGUUGGCUCAACUGUUUUUUCCUUUGCCAGUGCUGCUGCUAGUGUCGAUUGGAAAAGUGAAUGCACUCGCGACGCAAUAACGGAAAAUUGGUGGAAUGUCAAACUCACUCUGGAACCUAGUUUAGCAGCCUUACAACCGAUAGAUCUGGACACCUACAACAAUAGCCGUAGGGGCGCUUGGGGGCCGUCUUUUUAUCCUUAAUACUCCAUACUUGCCCAUCAUCGAUACCCU